AUGAUUACAUUAGCUGAAAACAAUCCAAACAAGGACAAAAACGAACCAGCACCUUCGCCUUCAGGAUUUAAAAACGUCCCUGCCUGCGAGACACCCGUUCAACUAAAGAUUUAUGGCAAAAUACCCUCUUGGGUCAAUGGUAUCUUUUAUAGAACAGGCGCUGGCCGUUAUAACAUAUUGAUGAAUAAUGGUGAUACGUUUCAUAUUGAGCAUCCAUUCGAUGGCCUUGCUAUGCUCCAUCGCUUUGAAAUAUCUGGAGAAACCCAAGAGAUAUAUUACAACUCACGUCAUACAUCCCAUGGUACGGAGAGGAGGUACAAGGAACAAGACAAGACUUUAUUGACAUUUGGCCCUGAUCCAUGUAAAACCAUCUUUGGUCGAAUUCAGUCCGUUUUUCAUCAUAUAGUCAAGCAUAGCAUCAAUGUUGCUCUUUUGGAGAAAGAUCCAGAGUUUGAAAUGGUUAAUGUUACUAUUACACCCAACUUUCCUUUGGGCGAGAGGCUAGAGAAGGAGACAGGUAUUAAACGAGGCGACGCAUUGGUGGUUAAACGAGACGCGAAUACGCUACAGGUUGUUGAUAAGGAUACACUAAAGCCGAUAAAGGCGUUUACUUAUGGUCAUGUCAGUGAACAGCUCCAAGGACAGCUCUGUUCUUCACAUCAUCAAUAUGACGAAGAAACUGACGAGUAUAUCAAUUUCACAGUCAAGCUCGGUCCUGCUCCAUCAUUUCAAACGUUUUCAAUCAGUCCUUAUUUACCAACGGCUCCUAGGGGAAAAGAAAAGGCAUCUGAGCAACAAGUUAGAGUUCAUCAACCUAUUUGGCGUCACUUGGGUGCCUGGAAGACUAUCGAAAUCUUGAAGCCAUCGUACAUUCACUCCUUUAGCCUCACCAAGAAUUACAUCAUUAUACCCAAUUUUCCUUAUUACUACUCUUAUGGUGGACUAGCUGCUCUUUAUUACUCAAAUGCUUAUCAGACAUUCUAUUGGGAUGAAACUCGUCAUACUCUCUUCCAUGUCAUUGAUCGUCACACAGGUCAUCAUGUUGCUACUUAUGAAGCUGAGCCUUGCUUUUCUUUUCAUGUGGCCAAUGCUUGGGACGAAGAUAUUGAACUGCCAGGUGGUCAUAAAGAAAGAGUCAUCUUUAUGGACUAUUGCAUGUAUGAAAACACGGAUAUUAUCGAUGCCAGCUUUGAACUUGGAAAGUCGCCUUCUGGCAGGAUCAAUCUUGAUAAAGUUCAACCAGCCCGAUUCGUUAAAGCGACAGCAAACAAGACAGAACACAAGAUUGCACCUUCACAGUUCCGUCGCUACCGACUUGGACAAGUGCCUGUUUCCAAACCUGAUACAGAAAAGUGGUCUUCUUCCUGGUCCGAUCUUACACCACUUUCAUUAACAGCAUACAAUAAACGUCGUGUGGCCUCUUAUACAGUCAUUGGCUACGACAUCGAAUUACCUCGUUUCAAUUCACUGUACAACUUGAAGAAGUAUCGCUACUGCUAUGGCGUUUGUGAAUCGCGUCAUGCGCCUUCUUAUGCUUCUGGUGCUGUAGUCAAUGGUUUAAUCAAGCUCGAUCUCGAUCAACCAUAUUUGGGUUCUAAUACCGAUCUAGACAGUCCAUCAAAAAUAUGGGACGAACCCGGUUGCUCUUGCUCUGAACCUGUCUUUAUACCCAACCCAGAUGGCACCAAGGAAGACGACGGUGCUAUUUUGUCCAUUGUGAAUUCAAGUACUAAAGAUGGAUCAGAAUCAUGCUUUUUAUUGAUACUGGAUGCAGCAACUAUGAAAGAGGUGGCUCGAAGCACAAUAGGUGCAUUUAACGCUGUAACAUUACAUGGUAGUUUUACCGAUAGAUUUGGCAGAGGUAUUGCUGUCAAUUAA